CAGUCUACGUCCUAGGAGAGAUCAGCCAACCUCUAGGAUCUGCUAGCCAACGUCGGACGGAAUGAUUGCCACAGCACACUAGCAUGUAACCCGUUUCCCAUCUCAAACGCCGCUCUGUUGCCGCUCUGAGAACUGGAUUUUUCUGAGUUCCACCGGCUUGCAAUGAGCGCAGUGUGAACGGGCUCAAUGGCGCUUAGUAGCGGGUUAUGACAUGUUGGCAACCUGCUACGCAGCUAGGCUGUGCAUUACUCCUGUUUGCGAGCUAUUAUGUAAAGCACGCCGAUCACCUUGUCUACCACUCCUCCACUGACUGACGCAAUCCCCUCGAGGUACAUUCGGGUUCUGCGAAGACGAAGCAUCUGAGAUCUCAACCUGCACGAUGUCUCGAGCGACAACUGAGUCGAAAUCCGUCGUCAGGGAAGCAGGCAUGCUAGAACGAUGGCAUGUCGCCCGUCAAAACCUGGGCGUGCUCGGUGCUGUCGUCAUCUCCGGACGAUACACACGUGCCGAUGGGAGCAUCCUCGACAAGGCCCUUCUCUACGCAGCUCUGGAGAAGGUCAUCCACAAGCACGGAGCCUUGAACGUAUGCGUAGCAGGUGAAGCGACGCCCACACCUGCUUUCGUUCGCUUGGAUCGCAUCGACUUGGACGAGGUCGUCACUUUCGUUGACGGAGACUUGCGCGAGGUCCUUGAGGCCGAAGUUGCCAAGGGAUUCGACAUGACUCGGCCUCUCUGGCGAAUCCUGGUGGUGCCAGAUGGCACUGUUAACUUCAGCUUCCACCAUGUGAUCGGGGACGGACAGAGCGGGAUCGCCUUCCACCGGACACUGCUCGCCGCUCUGAACGAGAUGGGCGAAACCUCCCCUCCUCACUCGGCUGUCGUAUCAACUUCGGCUAAAGUCACACUUGUGCCACCUAUCGAACAGGUCGCGAACCUUCAUGUCUCGCCUUUCAGGCUCAUCCGCGAAAUCAUCAAGAUGCUUGUCCCCGCUUCCUGGACCGCGGCCUAUUGGGCGUGGACCGGCUAUCCCUGUCCAUCAGAACGUAAACUCACGGCCAACCUACGACUCCUGUACCACAAGCCGGAGGCAGCGCAUCGCAUUUUGCAAGUCUGCAGGGCUCAUCAGACGUCGCUGACGGCUCUCAUGCACACUUUGGCAACGCUCAUCAUCUCCGAGUACCUCGCCGAAGACCCGUCAAAUACCGGCAGGUACACUUCCAUAUCGACAUCUAUACCCGUCUCCCUGCGCGCUUUCGCCAAAGCACCCCCGGGCGUGAUGUGCAACUAUGUCUCGACCCACUUCUCAUUCCCUACUCUCAUAAAGCGGACGCCAUCUACCGAUAGAUCGUGGCUCAGAGAGUUCCCCUGGGACAGCACGAGUGAGCUAUCGAAAACACUGCGCAAGCAGCAAACACACUCCGCCGAGAGCUUAGGCAUGGUCAAGUUCAUCGGGGACUUCGAAGCAUACCACAUGAACAAGCUCGGGAAGAAGCGCGACUACACCUUUGAGAUCUCCAACGUCGGGCGGUUCCCGGGUGGUGCUGAGACUCCAGGGGGGGAUACGGGAUCGUCGGCGUGGACCCUCGACGGUGUCUAUUUCUCGCAGUCGAACCCAUCCUCGGGAGGCGCGAUUCACGUGAACGUCGCCGGCGAUCCAGCCGGUGGGAUCGGAAUCUCAGUGAGCUGGGCCGAGGGCGCGAUAGACGAUACGUUCGGGGAAGCCUUCUUCGAGGCAUUCAAGGAGGGACUCGAGGAGGUCGUUCAUCAUGACAUUGCAUAGGCGCGGCGCACGGCGGUAGGUUCCCCAUGCUCCCCGCACGCUCUGCUCGGCCGGCUCACCCCUUCCCCCACGACGCAGGUCGUCGGCGGGUGUACACUGCUUCCCUUCCUCGGGCUUCCGAGCUUAGACACGUUCU